AUGCAGGGGGCCCUUUCGGUGUCAGCUGCCCGGCCGAGAACACUCGACCAGGGAGGCCUCUUGAGCUUCUGUCGGGGCCUCCAAGCUGUGAGAGGAUGUUUCCAGAAGGUGGGUGCUAUGACCCAGUUCGACCGCCACCAGUCCCAGCAAAUCCAGCAGCUAUGUUCGGGCAAGCAACGCCAGCAACUGGACUGCGCGCGGCCCACUCUUGGAAGGAAGCAGCCCUGCAAGACGCUGGAUCCGGAGAGCCGCUACUAUGAGGCUGUAGGUCCGUUGCCGCUCACCAUCGAUUGGCGAUGCUGUCUGGGCAACGUGUCCUGGCCAAAUUGA